AUGGAUUUCGUGAAAGCCAAUUUUUGCAUACAAGAUAGUGAACUAAUAAACCAUGAGGAUGGUUUCUUCGAACACGGCUUUUACCAAGAAUCUAUUAAUCCAGAGGUCCUUCCUGGUUACUUGCCGAUGUUCUAUGAGUACAGGAGUGAGAGGAUCGAGGGUCAGGAUAUGGGGAUGGCUGAGGAUUGGGAGUGGCGGCAGUGGGAGAGCCAGGUUUGCGUGAAGCAGGAGGAAGCCAGAACGACGUCGAGUCUUAGUGAAGAAGACGGGCGGUCGUCAGGUCGCAAGGAGCGCACGGCGUUUACAAAAGCGCAAAUCCGCAGUUUGGAGGCGGAGUUUUCCCGCGCAAACUACUUGACGCGUUUGCGACGCUAUGAGAUUGCUGUUGCACUUCAUCUGACAGAGAGACAGGUGAAGGUGUGGUUUCAAAAUAGACGUAUGAAGUGGAAGAGAACAAAGGGUGUUACGAAACACGCUAAAAAGAAAGAAUAA